CAUGAUCGCUGUAGGCGUACACAGAAACACGACUCUAGCGAGCGAGGACCGAUCAAAAAUGGUGGUCUCCAACAAUCUGAUGCCUCAUCGAACCUUCCCAACGGUAUCUCCCUUGACCAUACAAUGAGCUCAGAAGUCAAUUCAGACCGGGCUUUGGUGGCAUAUCGUGCCGUGGAAGCCAUGGAAUUUGAGGAAAAUUCGCUUACAACGGAACCGGUCCUUGCGAAAUCCCAUAAGUCAGCUACAUUGAGUCGGUGUGAUCCAGAUACCACACCGUCUUUCAGUCUGAACUCUGACACAAGUUGCUUGGCCCCUGCGUACUCACCCAAACUGGCGGAUCAUUUGGGAGGAUCACGUCAAUACUGGCGCGACAUGAUCCUCGGAGUGAAUGACGGUCUCGUCUCCACAUUUCUGCUCGUGGCCGGCGUCGCCGGUGGUGGACUUGCUUCGACCGACAUUCUGCUGACGGCUAUUGCCGGUGCACUAGCCGGAGCCAUCAGCAUGUGCGCUGGUGAAUACGUCGCGACGAAAUCGCAGAAUCAAGUCCUGCAGGGAGAAAUCGACCUCGAAAAGCUGCACGUUCGGUUUCGACCCAAGGAGGAAAUCGCCGAGGUUGAAGCGCAACUGCUGACGGCAAUUGGCAUUGGCGAAGAUCAGCCGGAAUUGCGGGAAACUUUGUUACAAUAUUACACUGCCCAUCCAGAAUCUUUACUCAAGAUUAUGAUUGCACUCGAGUUUGGUGUUGUGGACCACGAGCAACGAUCUCCUCUGUGUGCAGGUCUGACUUCGUGUGGCACUUUUCUCCUGGGAACUCUUCCGUCCGUGUUGCCUUUUGUGUUCUUGGACGAUCCGACAGUGGGUCUGAUUGUGGCGGCGGUCAUUGCGACCCUGACGUUGUUGUUAGUGGGGGCAAUAAAAACAUGGGCCACGCGUGGCAGCGCUUGGAUGGCUGCAUUGGAUAAUCUGGUCAUUACCGGUUGUGGGGGUACCUUUGCCUACGGUAUUGGUCUAUUCUUCGAUGCGGUUGUGCAAUGAUGCGCAACUGCAUUGCCUACAGCAUUGGUCUAUUCUUCGAUGCGGUUGUGCAAUGAUGCGCAACUGCAUACUUUGGGCAGGUUGGUGUAAACCCAAUCGGCAACAGUUUUGUACGCUACAGCCCUUUUGCUGGUGGAUCAUGGAUUGGUUCCCAUUUUCUUCAUGAGUAAAAGAAACCCUAAAGGGAUCUGCUCACGUCUUUCCAUCGUGAAUUCAUGUCCUAUUGAGCGUUUCACUUUAUGUCUCGCUAUUUCGUAUAAAUCACUUACAUGUUAAGUAGGUUUGAGAAAUUUUGUCCGAGCGCAAAUGGUCAAAACGAGAGACCACACCGGCACAAACUCGAAAACGACGGUCGAUAGAACGAAAGCAUCGAUCAAGCGGAGAUGGAGUUUGUUUGUUGUUUGAUGGAUGUGAGCGAAUACUAUGUCACAUGUUCCCAUUCCCCCGUCAGCAACCGGUGUCGGAGUCAGUGGAAUUCUGGAAAGUUCUACUUUGGAAGAACGAGGCACAAUCAGUUCGAUCCAAGUUAGCUACGUAAAACAUUGCGGAUGAAACGGGUUGGAGAAUCUAAUGGCCGCACCAGGCCAAAUGGAACCAGAAUUUUCCAUGUUCACUAGGUAUACACCCGCUCUCUUGGAAUGUAAAAAAUUUCGUAAAGCCUAAAGGUCCCUUCCGAACCCAAGAUGAACGCGCCAGUCGACCCAGCACAGAGCCCGGCGACGGACCAAACUG